AUGACCGCCACCACCCGCGGCGUGCAGGGGGUGUUUUACGGCACCAAGGGCGACGCCUCCGCCAACGCGCAGGCGGACGCGGCGUUCAGCGCCGUGCAGGACCCGACGACGCCGCUGACGCUCAGGGCGCGCGUGUCGGGGCAGGCGCAGGGGAAGGCGCUGGCGGGCACGUACCUGCCGGGCGCGACGAUGCGCGCGUGCUCGGCUGCACGCCGCGGCGUGCAGCAGCUGUCGCGACUCCGCCGCACCACCAACCCCUGCGGGCGCGGCGCGCCGGCGCUCGUGCAAUGCACGCACGGCGGGCCCGCCGCAACGGCAGCGCAGCACAGCACAUCUGUGGCAGCACAGGAGAACGGGAGCGGCGGCGACGCCAACAACAGCAGCGCGGAGGGCAGCGCGCCAGACCCCAUAUUUUACAGCGCCUUCCCCCUUGACCGCGCCGCCCACCUGCGCUCCGACGCGGCGGCGCUGUCCCGCCUGCUCGCAGACCCCGCCGCGCGCCUGCUCCCCGUCAGCGGCGCGCGCGUGCUCGUGCGCGACGGCCGCGGCCCGCCGCAGGCCGCGGCAGCGGCGGCCGCGGGCGAGGGCGGGCUGUCGCUGGCGUGGGUGGCGCCCGCGGCGGAGGCGGUGCCUUCGUUGGAUCCAGACGUGCCGCCCCUUUUCUUAGGGCUGGACGCGUCGGGCGCGCCGCACUUUGGCGGCCAGGUGUCCCGCGCCGCCGGGGACGCGCUGGCGGGCGCGGUGACGGGCAGCAGGUGGGCUGUCGCGCGCACCGCGGGCCCCGCGCUGAGCCCCGGCGACGCGGCGAUCGCGGCCACCGCCUGCGGCCUCGCGCAGUGGCACGCCGCCAACCUGCACAGCAGCGCCACUGGCGAGAGGACCGCCGGCACGGAGGGCGGCUUCGCGCGCGGUGUGCCAUCGACUGGCAGGAGCGUGUACCCUCGGAUCGACCCCGCCAUCAUCACGCUGGUGACUGCCGGGGACUGGGCGCUGCUGGGCCGCAAGGCCGAGUGGCCCGCCGGAAGGUACUCGACGCUGGCCGGGUUCCUGGAAGUUGGGGAGACGCUGGAGCAGGCCCUGGCCCGCGAGGUCGCGGAGGAGUCCGCGGUCGCGGUCGCCCCGGGCAGCAUCAGGGCCCAGGCGGCGGCCGCCUGGGGCGCUGUAUCUGCCGCGGGGCCGCGGGGGCUGGACCUCCUAGAGGGCCCCGCGCGCGCAGCGGCGAUGGGCGUCGGGAUCAGGCGCGAGGAGAUCGACGCGGCGCUCCUGCCGGCCUCGCGCCUGCCGCGGCCCGUGCCGCAGCCGGGAGAAAUGGAGGACGUCCGGUGGUUCCAUCGGGACUGGAUGCGCGCCGCAGCGGCGGCCGCGUCCGCGUCCGCGGCGGCGGCCGCCGGCGCAACUAAUGGAGGCGACAACGGCACCACUAGCAGCAGCGGCAACGGCGGCGGCGGUAUCGGCGGCCCCGGCGCUGACAACUCUUUAGGGACUGCGCUUGGGUUCAGCGCGGGGCCAGGGGCGCAGUCCGGCGGUUUCGGGGGUUUCGAGAUCCCCGGAAGCUACUCGCUCGCCCACAAGCUGAUCACGGAGUGGCUGAGGGAGGGGCAGGCAAAUUCGUCAUCGGCGGCGGCGGCGGCGGCACCGUGGGCAGGGGACCUGCUACCGCAGGUCAGCAUUGGCACCGGCGUCUUCAAAUACGUGCUCAUGCGCGUGCACGACGGCGGCGACGACGGUGCCGCGGUCGGGCCGCGCAGCAAGCUCCUGGUCUGGGGCCACCCCGCCGCGGACUACCAUAACCACAUCUACCAGCGCGCCCGCGCGGCGGCGUCGCGGCUGGGGCUGCAGUGCGACGUGCUGGGUGGCGGCCGGAUGGAGCACAGCCCGGAAGCGGGAUCCGUCAGCGUGUACGGCUACAGCGCCGCUUUCGGGCCGGCGCCGCACGAGGUGGCGGCGGCGCUGCUGCGGCGGUGGUUCCCGUUCUAUGGGCACGACGGCGUCACUGUGUCUUACGAUGGUUACUGA